GGCAGACGGGUGACAAUGGCCGACCCGGGCAGCCCCGGCUGGCCGCCACCGCCACCCCCGCGCGUGUCCCCGCCCCCUCCCCGCGGCGGAAGCGGCCCCGCCUUUCCGGCAGUUUUGGCGCGCGCUCCGCCGCCAUGUCCCGUCCCGGGGCCGCCGACCGGCGCCGCUGUGGAGCGGCUCUGCCGGGAGCUCAACCUGGACGCGGCGAGCGCGGCCGAGGCGUUGCACGACUUCACGGCGCUGCGGGGCACCUACAGCCUGGAGGGCGAGGCGCUGCACUGGUUGGCCUGCGCGCUGUACGUCGCCUGCCGCCGGAGCCGCGUGCCCACCGUGGGGAGCAGCCCGAUGGAGGGGAACGGCGUCUCUCUGACCCGCAUCCUGCGCUCCGCACGCCUCAGUUUAAUUCAGUUUUUUAGCAAAAUGAAGAAGUGGAUGGACAUGUCAAAUUUGCCCCAGGAAUUCCGAGAGCGAGUUGAGAGGCUGGAGAGAAAUUUUGAAGUGUCAACUGUGAUUUUCAAAAAGUUUGAGCCAAUAUUUUUUGAUAUAUUUCAAAACCCUUAUGAAGAAAGUUCCAAACCACAUCGAAGCAGGAAGCACAGGCGGGUGCCAUGCAGCGUCAAAGAUCUCUUCAACUUCUGCUGGACUCUCUUUGUGUACACUAAGGGUAAUUUCCGUAUGAUUGGAGAUGAUUUAGUAAAUUCCUAUCAUUUACUUCUGUGCUGCUUGGACCUGAUUUUUGCCAAUGCCCUUCUGUGUCCAAACAGAAGAGAUUUGCUAAAUCCAUCAUUUAAAGGCUUACCAGUGGAAUUCCACACUCUGGAGAUGAAAGCCUCUGAGGAUCCUCCCUGCAUCAUUACCACGCUCUGCGAGCUGCACGAUGGGCUCCUUGUGGAAGCGAAGGGCAUCAAGGAGCACUACUUCAAACCAUACAUUGCAAAGCUGUUUGAUAGGAAGAUCUUAAAAGGAGAUUGUUUGUUGGAUCUUUGCAACUUUACAGAAAAUAGCAAAGCACUGAAUAAAGAGUAUGAGGAGUACGUUCUGACUGUGGGUGACUUUGACGAGAGAGUUUUCCUGGGAGCUGAUGCUGAGGAAGAAAUUGGCACUCGAAAAUUCCCUGUAGAUGUGCUAGGAGAGAAAACGGCAGCAAGAGCUCACAUGGAGUGUCAUCUGCAGCAGCAUUUUGAAAAGAAAAGGUCAUUUGCACCUUCAACCCCACUGACUGGCAGAAGAUACCUGCGAGAAAAGGAAACUGCCAUCACUCCUGUGGCUUCAGCCACACAGAGUGUGAGCCGUUUGCAGAGCAUGGUGGCUGGCCUGAAAAAUGCACCAAGUGAACAACUUGCAGCUAUUUUUGAGUCUUGUGCCCGCAGCCCCUUGGAAAGCAUCGUGAGCAGAGUGAAGGAAAUUGGUGAGACCUUCUGUUGCUGCUACACUCAGUCAACAGAUGAACAGCCAGGAUCCCACAUAGAUUUUGCUGUAAACAGGUUAAAACUGGCAGAGAUCUUGUACUAUAAAAUCUUGGAGACUAUAAUGGUGCAAGAAACACGGAGACUGCAUGGGAAGGAUCUGACUGCUCUCCUAGAGCAGGAUGUCUUUCAUCGCUCCCUCUUGGCAUGCUGCUUGGAGAUCGUGCUCUUCGCCUACAGCUCCCCUCGCACCUUCCCCUGGAUCAUUGAAGUUCUUGACCUCAGGCCAUUCUACUUCUAUAAGGUUAUUGAAGUGCUGAUUCGGUCUGAGGAAGGACUUUCCAGAGACAUGGUGAAGCACCUCAAUAGCAUUGAGGAACAGAUUCUGGAGAGUCUGGCCUGGACUCGGAACUCAGCACUCUGGAAUGCACUCGAGGCCUCAGAAAACAAAGUCCCAACCUGUGAAGAAGUAAUAUUUCCCAAUAAUUUUGAGGCCAGCAAUGGAGGAAGUGGGUUUGGGCACUUGCCCAUGAUGCCGUUAUCUCCCAUAAUUCAUCCUCGAGUGAAAGAGGUUCGGACAGAUCUUGGUGGGAGUUUAAGACGAGACGUGCAGCCAUUGUCUCCAAUCUCCGUUCACGAGCGCUACAGUUCUCCUACAGCUGGAAGCGCUAAGAGAAGGCUCUUUGGAGAUGACAGCCCCAAAGAAAUGCAGAUCGAAAAAAUCUUAACAAAAGGAACUAAGCUGACAAUUUCUCCAGCAUCAAGCAUUGGUGCUGAAAACAUGUCAGCAUCUCCUGCCCAGACAGUGCUGACUAUGACAACCACUACAGGACCAGGAAAAGCAGGACAGAAGGUCACUAUCCCACUUCAUGGUAUUGCAAAUGACAUAGGUGGAAUCACCUUGAUCCCCAUUUCGAUUAAUUUAGACCAGCCAUGUAAAGUGGAUGCUCAGGCUCCCUGCCCCCCUCCUGGGAACCAAGCAGCAGAAGUGCAGCUGCCAGCAGCCAGCAAGCCAAAGAGAACAGGCUCCUUGGCACUGUUCUACAGGAAGGUGUAUCAUCUGGCAAGUGUGCGCUUGCGUGAUCUGUGCCUAAAGCUGGAUGUUUCCAAUGACUUGCGCAGGAAGAUAUGGACAUGUUUUGAGUUCACAUUGGUUCAUUGUGCUGAUCUUAUGAAAGACAGGCAUUUGGACCAGCUCCUCCUCUGUGCUUUUUAUAUCAUGGCAAAGGUAACCAAAGAGGAAAGAACUUUUCAGGACAUAAUGAAAAGUUACAGAAAUCAGCCACAGGCAAACAGCCAUGUUUAUAGGAGUGUCUUGUUGAGAAAUACUUCUGAUGAUGUCCCACUGAACAAAAAUGCAAACCCAGAUAUGGAGAUGACAGAAGACUCAUCUGUGAAAGCUGGCAGCUCCUUGGGACGAUCCACAGCAGAGAAUUCGAGUGAGCCAGAAACAGAGGAAAGAGGAGAUCUUAUUAAAUUUUACAAUGCAGUCUACGUAGGAAGAGUAAAGUCAUUUGCACUGAAGUACGAUAUCACAAACCAGGAUCAUGUGGUGGAGGCACCGCCGCUGUCACCGUUCCCCAGCAUCCGGCAGCAGGCAGUGUCCCCGCGGCGCAUCUCGCAGCAGCACGCGGUGUACGUGUCACCACACAAGAACGGCGCCUGCCUCACGCCUCGCACUGCUCUGCUCUACAAGUUCAAUGGCAGCCCUUCCAAGAGUUUGAAGGAUAUCAACAAUAUGAUAAAACAAGGUGAACAUAGGAGUAAGAAGCGAGCAAUAGCAAUUGACAGUGACACUGAAUCCCCCUCAAAGCGACUCUGCCAGGAAAAUGAUGAUGUUCUACUGAAACGUCUGCAGGAUGUUGUCAGUGAAAGAGCAAAUCACUAAAAAACUUCUGCUUUCUUUGGGAUCUCUAAGUUACGGAGCUGGAUACAGCUGUUGUGCUAUUUAUUUCUUGGUUUUGUAUAUAGACAACCAUCAAGUUCCUUCAACACUGAACUUUCACCUGACUUCCACAGGAUGCAAAAAGUAAGAGUUAUGUAGGCAAUGCCAGUGAUCUUCAUGCCCAAAGACCACACUGUGGUAAAACGUACUCUGAGCUGUUCUAGCAAAAGAGUGUUCUGUGAAAGCCAUAUUGGAUGUUCUCAAGCCUCAUUUGGAGCAUCGUGAAUUUUGAGUGUAACUCAGCUUGUAAUACCAGUUUUAUUAUUAGAAUAAGAGUGAUAAAGAAAUUAGUGAAAUCAGUGAAGUUUCCUCAAGCUUUUGGCAUUUAGAAAAUAAACUUGCCAAGUGCCUUAUUUGAAAAGAAUAUGGAAUUUUAUGCAUUAUUUUACUGUGGAGUAACUGGAGGGAAAAGAAAUUAAUUCUUUAGCCUCAGGAAGAGCUGAGUAGUUUAGAACUUUCAGAACUUAUGUUAAAGUGUAGGUUGUGACAUGUAUCUGACAGCUUUUGUAGUAACAAAGGCAAUAAUCUAAAAAUACAAAUAGUGGUAACUUAGGUUGGACUCUGGUAAAGCCCUGAGAUACAGUUCUGUGAGCCUGAAUUCCCUUUCUCUUGAGCCAGUGGUGCUCCAUGUUGGAAGCCACAGAGCAGCCUGCCCUAGGUGCUGUUCAUAGGGAUGGCAGCUCACCCAUGAGAAAAUACAGUUACAGCUGAAAUCAGCAUCUGGGGUUUGGCCAUUGUUCAGAUGCACAAAUUCAUUUAACAAAUUGAAUGUCUUGUUUUUUCCUGAAGACCUUUAGCCUCUUGUGUUGUAUCUACACUGAAUGAAAGCCCAUCACGUAAGGAGGUGUGUAUGUGUGAGGUUUUAUAGCUGUUGAAGGCUUGGGUUCACUGGAAAAGUAGAAAUUCCAGCAUCCGAUUCUUGUGACUGAGUUUUUAAUGCUGAGGAUUUGGUAGGGUCUAUUUUACCAAAAUGGAUAAAAGUCAGGGUUUACUCAUUACUGUAAAUCAGUGGUUUGAUCUUAUUUUACAAUUGUAUUUAAGGUUAGAGCCAUGGAGAAACUUCUCAGCACAGUAAUUUUCAGUUUCUGUGUAACUGAACUGAAAAGGAAAAAAAAAUAACAACUACAUAGGACUUAUUUGAGGGGUUGUUUCCUUCAUUGGCUGGGUGGGUUUGUAUGUGCUGUGAGAUCCACAGGUCUAGAGGAGAACACUGCCAUGAUUUUGAGCAGCCUCAGCUAGUGAAUCUAGCCAGCAGCGAUGAACGAGAAAUUCAUUACUAAGUGUAGGUAUGCAAGGACACUACUCAGCAAGGAGUAGAAAGUUUACAAACUUGGUUUUGAGUCAUUAACUACUUGAAUAUUUGAUUUUUUUUUUUUUUUUAACUUUUUUACUUUCAAAAAAUGGUGCUUGCCCAUGGAGAGCUGCACUAUGAGGAAAUGGCCAUGCAGUGGAAUAGGUUUAACGUAGAUAUUUAAUUUUAUUCAAGUUUUAAUGUUUGUCUUCAGAUUUGGAGAUAAAAAGUGGAGGAUUGCAGCCUUUCUGCAGUAGGAUAGGAAAUUUAUGGUUAGGCAUGACAGCAUCAGUCUUUCCAUGGUAUCGUAUGAUGAGAGUUUAGUUGACAUGGUUUUAAUUCGAUAUCAUGUGCACAUCUCCUGGCGCCUCUGCUCCCCACACUGUCACUGCCUCCUCUGACAGUAGACAACUGAUGGAGCCAAAAUCCUUAUUAACUGUUAUGUGUAGUGUUUCUUCAUUAGGAAAAUGAAUGUACUACAACUGGAUGCAGUUCAGAAUUCUUCACCUUUUUAGGUGAUCUAAAAACUAUUUUGAGCUUGUUGAACAGCUGAAACAAGAGCUUACCUGGAAUUUUCAUAACGGUUUCAAAGUGCCUUCACAUGUAAAUCUGUAUUUUAUAAUAAACAACUAAAAAAGCA